AGGUUUCGGAGGAUUCUUGGUAGACUUCAAAAUAAAUGAUGACAAACUUUAAUUUAAUGGGGGAGAAGAAAGAAAGACGAACGAACAAAACACCUGCCCGCAUGCUCUGCUAGCUACAAGGAAGGGAAGGAUUUGAUCUGGAGUUUCCACCUACACCACACCCACCACCACCAUGCCAUCUUUCCCGCAUCACACCAAUCUCCCUUCUUCACAUCUUCCUCCCCUCUCCUCCUCACCAUCUUUCUGAUUUUGAACCGACAUUCCCACCACCGCCAACCGACGGAGGAUCAAGACUAGCCGCCGUCAAGCAAUGGUCUUCUCGAUGUCCUCUUCCUCUUCAUCAUCAUCGCCGUCAAGAGAACACGCCCUUUUCAUCUUCACCCUCAUCAUCCUAUGGUACUCCUCCAACAUCGGCGUCCUCCUCCUCAACAAAUUCCUCCUCUCUAACUAUGGCUUCGCCUUCCCCAUCUUCCUCACCAUGUGCCACAUGACCGCCUGCGCCCUCCUCAGCUACGUCUCCAUUGUCUUCCUAAAGGUCGUUCCUUUCCAGCGCAUCAAGUCCCGAUCUCAGCUCCUCCGCAUCUCCACCCUCAGCGUCGUCUUCUGCGCCUCCGUUGUCGGCGGCAACAUCUCCCUCCGCUACCUUCCCGUCUCCUUCAACCAGGCCGUCGGCGCCACCACCCCCUUCUUCACCGCCCUGUUCGCCUACCUCAUGACCCGGAAGAGCGAGGCUUGGGUUACCUAUGCUGCUCUCAUCCCUGUCGUCGCCGGAGUUGUCAUUGCCAGCGGGGGGGAGCCAAGCUUCCAUUGGUAUGGAUUCAUCAUGUGUAUAAGUGCAACUGCUGCAAGAGCUUUCAAGUCAGUUCUUCAGGGCGUACUCCUUUCGUCUGAAGGUGAAAAAUUGAACUCUAUGAAUCUGCUUCUUUAUAUGUCGCCAAUUGCGGUUAUGGUUCUAUUGCCGGCAACACUGGUGUUGGAACCAAACGUGAUAGAUGUCACCCUAUCGCUUGCAACCAAACACAGAUAUAUGUGGCUUCUCCUCUUGGUUAAUUCCUCAAUGGCCUAUGGAGCCAACUUGUUGAACUUUUUGGUGACUAAGCAUACAAGCGCUUUGACACUUCAGGUAUUAGGAAAUGCAAAGGGUGCGGUAGCAGUUGUGAUCUCUAUACUUAUAUUCCGAAAUCCGGUUACAUUUUUAGGCAUUGCUGGCUAUACAAUGACAGUUGCGGGGGUCGUUGCAUACGGGGAAGCCAAGAGGAGGUACAAGUGAUGCUCCCUUCCCCCGUCCCGCACGGCUCUUACUUCUAUGUGACAUCCCCAACUGUGUCUACUUCAUAGUUUCAUUAAUUAAAGCAUUUUGUAAUGGAGGAGGGUAUCGGUUAGAAGUUGAUCGUAUUUUGUUUUAAGUUAUUGACUCCGAGAAAGUAUUAUGGUCAUCAUCAAAGGACACAUAGAAAUACAUAGAGAUUUAGUUGAAGAGAUGGGGUGGGUGAGAAGGGACUUUUCUUGUUGUUGUAGUUAUGUUGUAUUCUUUUUCUAC